AGCCAUUCACAUUUCUGCGCCGAUGGAAGCAGACCUGCUUUCACUCGUGAUUACGAAUUCAUCAAGUGACUCACUAUCGUCUCACCUCUUUCACCCAACGUUGUCCCAAUCCUGAAGAUAUUUUAGUGUUCAUCAGAUAUUCCUAGAGCUAAAAAGCCUCGAAUUAAAAAAAAAAUAGUGCUCACAAUAAUACUCGACAUGGAGCCAAAGAUUUUCUUGAAAGUUAUGUUUCUCUUCGUUAUGAUGAUGGCUGUGGUGCCGGGGUAUAUGGCGACGAUUGCAGAACCAAAAGCUCCAAAUUUCCAGUACUUCGAAAGGCCGAAGUAUCGUUACCCAUACUACGAUGAAAACGGUCGUGGAAGAUUGUUGUACGGAUACGGUGGCCCAGAGCUCUACCAGUACCGCACGUACAGUGCACUGGAAGGCAUUCAUUAACCAGAACAAAUUAACUUUAAUGAAUAGAUUGAAUGGAAGAAUGAAUUUUUAGAGUUGUGUAGAGCUGUUCCAGAAAAGCCCAGAGGGCCAAUUAUUAUCAAUUUAUUAUUAAUAUUUGCAAAUUACAGUAAUUCGUGAACAAUUUCGUUCUAAACUUCUGAGAAUUCAAGGUAUUGACAUAAUAAUUAUGUAUUGAACGGAAAUCGAGUUGAUUAACUCCAAUAAUCAUUGAAAUGUUACAUUUUACGUUUUUUUUAUCUACAAUUAUAAAUUUUUCAUCCAUAAACAACCACUUGACCCUCGCGGCCUUUAAAAUGUCUUAUUUUCAUUUGUAAAUAAAUAAAAAUUGAUAGUUCGUUACCAAAACAAAAUUACCAUAACGACUGGAUUGUUUGAACGAAGGAAUUAAUUAUUAUGAAUUAAUAAUUAUAAUUGUUUCAAAAAAUUCAAGGCCUUUUUGUUGUUAAUUCCAAUAAUCCGUGAAUUACUUCCUCAUCAAUAAUAUAAAAAUAUUUAGCGACAAAUAAAUAAAUCCAUCGAAGUUCUAGAAUUUAAUGAAAUUGGGAAAGAUAAUUACAAUCAAUAGAAAACAAUUUGGAUAAUUCUAAUAAUUAUUCAAAUGUUAUUAAUUUUCCAUUUUCUUUUAUUUCCAGUUUUUCAUUUUUUCAUUUCAUAUACAAAGAAAACACAAUAUUCAUAUUUAAGUCGAGAAAUGCAUUUAAAAUUCAGUGAUCCUGUACAGGUAGCAAUUAUUCAGCGACGAUUUAUAAAUAGAAAUCGAUAAUUAUUCUCCGAUACAUUCGUCAAAAUCUCUCUCCAUCGAUAAUUCUGUAUCGACAAAUAUCGAGUAAUAUCGAUGGAGAUAAGACGAUUGUUUACAUAGCACCAAUUCCGAAUGUUGAUAAUAUUUUGUAAUCACAGGUGAGAAUCACUAAUUCAGCCCUUUAUCGUCAUUCAAGGAUGUUUACCCAGAACCCCAGGUGAUUAAAAAUUCCAUAUUAUGUCAACAAUGAGGCGAAGCUAUUCCCUCCACCUCAAUAAAUACUUCAGUCCCACGUUCAUACUUAUAAAUUGAGUGGACAAAAAAAAAACGAGUGCGCAGUGAAAAAAUAAAUAGCUCCUUUAACUAAACAAAUAUUUUUAAAAAUUAUUCUUGUUCUCCACACACACUCAAAGUUUUUUUACAAAGUUUUAUAUCGUUAGGUACAUAGAAUAGUCUCUAAAAAAAUUACAUAACAAUUGAUCGAUUUUCUACUUUCUCUUUGUCGGAGAAGACAUUUUUAAAUUGAAAAUAUAAUUUUUUAGGGAAACGUCAAUACAAAAUAAAAAUAUUUGUAUUUUUAUUCAUUUUUUCCGGGUAAUGACCUAUCGUCCUCAACGAGAUUUUCCUGUACAUCCAAAAAUAUAUUCUAUCAAUUAAAAAAAAAUCCGAAUUUUCAACCUGAAUAUUUUUUCCAAACGUUCCAACCAAAUGAAUUAUAAAAAAUACAUUAAUUGAUGGCGUGUCAAUUUUUAAUUUGUACGCCAUUUUUUAAAACAUUGAAAAUUCCUUAUGUAUUUAUUUUGUCCGAGGGGAUCUGCGAUGAAUUAAUUAUAAUAACUGCUACCAUUCAUCAACUAUAUAAUCAAUAUAAAUAUAAUUAUCAUAGUUAAUUAAUUAUUCAAUUUUUUCUAUAUUUAAAAACCGAAAAAUCGUGAAAAUGUGAGGGGUAAUGUCCUGAGAAUGGGUAAACAUCCUCAAACAUAUAAGAUUUACGAGAGUAAAAACGAAUGACAUCCCUUAGUGACGCUGUCCUCACAGCUAACGUCAAUGACCCUUGAUUGCAAUUAACAAUCGAUUGUUCUUAAUGUAUAAUCUCUUGAGUAAAAAUAAAUGCCAUGGAUGAACCCUCGUAUUUCCAUUGGGAUAAUGACAA